AUGGCUGAAGACAGUGGAACGACCGCUGUCCAUAGGUUGGCAACGCCGCCGCCGCCUACAGAGCGAGGGAGACUUGUGGACUCAAAACACAAUAUCGAGGCGAAUUCGCAAAGAAGGACCAGAAGCACUAUAAGCGUACAAGAAGAGCUGCGAGGGGGAAGCAUUGAUCAUGCUUUACUUCGAGAAAUGGGCCGCCCGCAUCGUGAGAGCACACCGAGUGCUAGUCCACACCAUAAACGACAACGCAUAAAUGGCGAUCGUUUCAUCCCGACACGUUCUGGUCAAGAUCUUCAAGCCAGCUUCAGCCUACUGCACGAUGAUGCGUCUCCUGCCACUCCGAAGCAGAAGAAACGCACGCCCCAAGGAGAGCUGCACUUCCAAAAAACGGAGGAGGCUAACCGCACAUUCUCAACCCUCCUACGUGCUGAGUUGUUUGAGAAAACUGUUCCGCAAGCUAGUGCCGGUCCCUCGUCCCCUGAUCACACAGUACCAGCAAUGACGAAGGGUGAGAUGAGUCGAUCGAAAACUCCACCAAACCAGAGCCCUCAAUUGUCUUUACCUUCAUCCCUUACACCUUCUACGCCCCAUAAAAACCUUUUCACCUACCUGUCGCCACGGCACCACAACCAGGUAGGGCAGCCUACUCCGUCCAAGACACCACAAAGUCGACAUGGCCCAGUGCUUGAUCCCAAGUCGGAAAUCUACAGUCUAUCACCGGUUCGCCUCAAUUCCCAGCAAAUGCUGCUCAGCCCACGGCGGCAGCCCCGAGCUGUGAGCAAAGUUCCGUACAAGGUGCUUGACGCCCCCGAACUGGCCGAUGAUUUCUAUUUGAAUCUAGUCGAUUGGGGUAGCGCCAAUGUCCUUGGCGUUGGGCUUGGUCAAAGCGUCUACAUGUGGAAUGCCCACACCAGCAAAGUUAAUAAGCUAUGCACCCUGGAAGAUGACACUGUCACCAGUGUUUCUUGGAUCCAGAAGGGAACACAUCUAGCGAUCGGCACCGGAAAGGGUCUUGUUCAAAUCUGGGAUGCCGAAAAGGCUCGACGUCUGCGCACAAUGACCGGUCACACAGGUCGCGUGGGAUCCUUGGCUUGGAACACGCACAUUCUCACAUCAGGCUCAAGGGACAGGCUGAUAUACCAUCGCGACGUUCGUGCCCCUGAUCAAUGGCUUCGCAAGCUGGUCGGGCACAAACAAGAGGUUUGCGGGCUGAAGUGGAAUUGUGAAGAUGGGCAGUUGGCGAGUGGCGGCAACGACAACAAACUAAUGGUAUGGGAUAAGCUCUCUGAAACUCCUUUAUGGAAAUUUUCGGAACACACGGCGGCUGUCAAGGCGAUCUCAUGGUCUCCGCACCAACGCGGACUCCUGGCCUCUGGCGGUGGUACCGCGGACCGCAGGAUCAUCUUCCACGAUACAGUCAAGGGCUCAGUGAUAAAUGAGAUUGACACCGGCAGCCAGGUUUGCAAUCUUGCUUGGUCAAAGAACUCGAAUGAAAUCGUGUCCACCCACGGUUACAGCCAAAACCAGAUCGUGGUUUGGAAAUAUCCAUCCAUGACCCAAGUCGCUAGCCUCACUGGUCACACAUAUCGCGUUCUCUACUUGGCAAUGAGUCCAGACGGGAAGUCUGUGGUCACUGGUGCUGGCGACGAGACUCUGAGAUUUUGGAACGUCUUCGGCCGACGGCCCGGCGCACGCGAAGACGGCGAGGGAACAGGCAAGUUCGCUGAAUGGGGUGUGAUUCGAUGA